UAUUUUCCCCAAUUUAAAGGUCCCUUCUUGCUUUCUAGUUCCUCCUCAGAAUGAUAUUGUAGAGAGCAAAGAAGGUUCUUUUAGAGAGAGAAAGUUGGAGAGAGAGAGAGAGAGAGAGAGGGAGAGAGAGAGAGAGAGUUAGAGAGAGAUCUAAUGGAGUACGAGAGGAUACACAAAGUUCAGACCGGUAUAAUUUCUCCCAGUAAAUUGAGGAUGAAGCUAAUAGGGCCUCACCAUCACAAAAAGAAGGAUGGAUCAAACAGCAACUCCUCAAGAACUUCGCCCUCGAAGCUUGAUGAUUCCGAAUUCGUGAAGAAUAGCUUGUUAGACCCCAUGAAUGGAGAUGAGGAAGUUACAUCUUCCAGUUUGGAAGUUCUGUCUAUGAAUUUGUUGAGGGCAGCGGCAUUGGACGUUGGACAAAGCGAUCAAGCUUCUUGCCAACCAAAGCAGUCGUUGCCACGAGAAAAUAGUGAUGCCGGUCGUGUUAAAUUGCAGCAUUAUGCAAAGGGUGAGAGUGGUAAUUCAAGCGCAAUUCACCCCGUGAGAAUGAUGGAUGACGAAAAUCUUGAUUAUGAUAGUAAUGCUAGUUCAUCCAGUUUUGAGUUUCAUAAAGGGGAGAAGUCGGUACAUAAGCACCUUUCGAGAACACUUUCAAGAACUAUGCCAUCUAAGUGGAAUGACGCCGAGAAAUGGAUAAUGAGUAAGCAAAUUGUUCAAGCUAAUUUUCCCAGAAAGAGUGCUUUACAAAACCAAACAAUUCGUUUGCCGGUGACAAAUAUGGUGAGGGUGGUUCCGGAGUCUGCUAAUUAUGAUUAUAAGCCAAAUGGCAGAGGAGCAGACACAAAGCGGGUUGAUUUCUGUCAGCCUUCAUCGCAGAUUGGAUUUGAUAAAUUCUCUUUUGUUCCUUCGGAGUCUCAAUUGAGUUCAGGUCAAGCUUCUGACAGGAAUGCUCUGUUUGAUGAAUCCACACAAAGUAAAGAUUUAAUGGAAGUAGGUCAUGGGAAUGCACCGUGUUCUAAGAGUACUGCUGAAAAUACUGCAGGCACUGCUGCCAUAAGAGCAGUCUCAAUGAGAGACAUGGGAACAGAAAUGACACCUAUCCCAAGUCAAGAGCCUUCAAGGACUGCCACUCCUGAAGGGGCAACAACCCCACUCCGCAGUCCAAUCUCUUCAAUGCCGUCAACCCCCCGAGGAGGUGCACCGGCUCCCACACCUACCACUGAUGGGGAAUCACGGCCAAACAACAAAAAGCAAUUGUCGGAAGAAGAAUUAAAGCUCAAGACAAGAAGGGAGAUUGUAGAACUUGGUGUUCAGCUUGGUAAGAUGAACAUUGCCGCUUGGGCAAGUAAAGAUGAGCAGGAGAAAAAACUUUCUGCUGAAAAAACUGAUGCAGCAGAACUUCAGCGGAUAGAAUAUGAAAAACGUGCAGCUGCCUGGGAGGAAGCUGAAAAAUGUAGACAUACAGCAAGGUACAAGCGCGAUGAAAUCCAAAUCCAAGCAUGGGAAAGUCAGCAGAAGGCAAAACUCGAAGCAGAGAUGCGGAGAAUAGAGGCUCAAGUUGAACAAAUGAGAGCGCAAGCUCAAUCCAAGAUAGUGAAGAAGAUAACACUAGCAAAGCAAAGAUCCGAAGAGAAACGGGCAGCAGCGGAAGCCAGAAAGAAUCAAAAUGCAGAGAAAACUGCAGCUCAAGCUGAAUACAUCCGCCAGACUGGACGAAUGCCAUCAUACAAUUGUUGCGGUUGGUUGUGAGAAACCAGAAACAAAAUAUAGAAGAAAAGUUUCAUACACCGCUUGUGUUGUACGUGGUACACAUUAAUAUGAUGGAAGGAGUUUGUGUAACAUACAAACUUUGUAUCUAAAGAACAACCAGUGUUUUUGAACAUCCAUGUUCCGUCGUUGUUUGCACCAUCUCCCCCAACUUUCUGAGAUUUGAGGAAAAGAAGAUAACAAAUAGGAAAUGUUGACUCUUGAGAGCAGAAAAAUCUAAAGCAAUUUUAUACUAGUUAGACUUA